AUGGCGCUGCAAGAAACCUCCAGGCCUCGAGGUAUUCGAGACAGCCCCGCCCACCCUCUGCAACCACUGCCACCCUCGUCGCGAGAAUUGGGAGAAGUCACGCCACCGAAACGGGCAGAUGGCGCAUCCGUAGCAAAGGAAGAUCCAAAGUCUGGAAAGUCAUGGGCGCAUUUUGUCGCCGGAGGACUUGGUGGUAUGGCCUCUGCCACUCUCACUGCUCCGCUUGAUGUCCUCAAGACUCGUCUACAAUCCACCUUUUAUCAACAGCACCUCGCCGCCAUGCGCGCGGCCCGAGGCUUGCCACCCAUAGAAUCCAUGUCCUUUGCACGAAGUUCGCUAUUGCACAUCCGGGAAACAGGAGAGAUAUUGUGGCAAGUCCCCAAGGCAGAAGGCUGGCGGGCGCUGUUCAAAGGACUGGGGCCUAAUCUUGUUGGUGUGGUCCCCGCUCGCGCAAUCAACUUUUUUGCCUACGGAAAUGGCAAGCGAUUGAUCAGCACACACUUCAACAACGGACAGGAAGCCGCAUGGGUACAUCUCUGCAGUGCUGCCGCCGCCGGUAUCGUGACUGGAACUGCAACGAAUCCCAUUUGGCUGGUCAAGACGCGGUUGCAAUUGGACAAGAACACCCACUCAGACGGUCGAGGUCGUCAGUACAAGAACGCUUUUGACUGCACAAUGCAAACCAUACGCAAAGAAGGUGUUCGUGGACUAUACCGUGGGCUGACGGCCAGCUAUCUAGGUGUUACCGAGAGCACACUACAGUGGAUGCUGUACGAGCAGAUGAAGCUGUCGUUGGCUAGAAGAGAGGAGAGGGUUCUUGCUAGCGGCAAGCCACCGACAAUAUGGGAUCAGACUGUUGCAUGGACAGGAAAGCUGACUGCUGCUGGUUCGGCCAAAUUCGUGGCGGCACUCAUCACCUAUCCACAUGAGGUUGUCCGCACAAGGUUACGACAAGCACCCAUGGCAGACGGUCGACAAAAGUACACUGGUCUCGUCCAAUGCUUCAGACUGAUUUGGAAGGAAGAAGGCAUGGCAGCACUCUACGGCGGCCUCGUCCCCCACAUGUUCCGUGUGGUGCCUAGUGCUGCCAUUAUGUUUGGCACGUACGAAGGUGUGCUGAAACUUCUUGGAGAGAGCAGCAACAUGUAA